GCUGGCUUGGCAGAGAGCAAGGGACUAUCUAGGAUCUAGGUCCCGUCCCACCUGGAGAGGUGGGUGCCAGGUGCCCCUAGGAUUCCCCAGAUUUCCAUUCUGUCUUCAACCCUCUCAUUCCUGCUGGAGCUGGUGAUGAAAAAAGGGGCUCCGGGCCCCCUCCUCUCCAUCAGCCUCCCUUUCACCCUGCCUUCAAUUAUUCAUCAGCCCAGACACCCGCCCUCCCUGGCAGGGCAGGCCGAGCCUCUCUCCAUGCCCCGCCCCAGCUCAGCCACACUGCCACACAGGCCCGAUGAGGAAGGACACGGCCAGGGCCAGCCCUUGGCGGAGACCUGGCAGGAGGGCUGGUGGCUGGCCCUGUCAGACCCUGCCUGGGUCCACAUCUCCUUCACCUUUCUCCUGCCAAUCCCCUGGUGCCAGGCAGCCCCUGGUGAAGAUGCCAAUCCGGAUCUUCUGCUCCGUGUCAUUCUCCUCUGGAAAGGAGGCCCCCGGGCCCUCGGGAGAUGUUCAGGGUCCCCAGCAGCAGCAGCAGCAGCAGCAGCAGCAGCAGCAGCAGCAGCAGCGAGACAGCUCAGAAUCAGAAGAAGAGGAAGAAGAGAAGGAAAAGGAGGCACCCAGGAAGGAGGCCAGAGAGGGGGAUCUGCCCGAGGACUUGGUGGCCUUCGCCAGCAACUGCACCCUCCAUGGCCCCAACCACAUAUUUGUGGCAGGGGGUCCGGGGCCGAGGCAGGCCCUGUGGGCGGUGGCCUUUGUCCUGGCACUGGGGGCCUUCCUGUGCCAGGUAGGAGACCGAGUUGCCUAUUACCUCAGCUACCCUCACGUGACCCUGCUGGACGAGGUGGCCACCUCGGAGCUGGCCUUCCCCGCGGUCACCCUCUGCAACACCAACGCCGUGCGGCUGUCCCAGCUCAGCUACCCUGACCUGCUCUACCUGGCCCCUAUGCUGGGGAUGGACGAAAGUGACGACCCUGGGGUGCCCCUGGCCCCCCCGGGGCCCGAGGCCUUCUCUGGGGAGCCUUUUAACCUGCACCGCUUCUACAAUCGCUCCUGCCACCGGCUGGAGGACAUGCUGCUCUAUUGCUCCUACUGUGGGGGGCCCUGCGGCCCUCACAACUUCUCAGUGGUCUUCACACGGUAUGGAAAGUGCUACACGUUCAACUCUGGCCGAGACGGGCGUCCGCCGCUGAAGACCAUGAAGGGAGGGACGGGCAAUGGACUGGAGAUCAUGCUAGACAUCCAGCAGGACGAGUACCUGCCUGUGUGGGGGGAGACUGAUGAGACGUCCUUCGAAGCUGGCAUCAAAGUGCAGAUCCACAGUCAGGAUGAACCUCCCUUCAUCGACCAGCUGGGCUUCGGUGUGGCCCCAGGGUUCCAGACCUUUGUGGCCUGCCAGGAGCAGAGGCUCAUCUACCUGCCCCCGCCCUGGGGCACCUGCAAAGCUGUUACCAUGGACUCGGAUUUCUUCGACUCCUACAGCAUUACCGCCUGCCGCAUCGACUGUGAGACCCGCUACCUGGUGGAGAACUGUAACUGCCGCAUGGUGCACAUGCCAGGGGACGCCCCCUACUGCACUCCAGAGCAGUACAAGGAGUGUGCGGAUCCUGCUCUGGACUUCCUGGUGGAGAAGGACCAGGAGUACUGUGUGUGUGAAAUGCCCUGCAAUCUGACCCGCUAUGCCAAGGAGCUGUCCAUGGUCAAGAUCCCCAGCAAAGCAUCCGCCAAAUACCUGGCCAAGAAGUUCAACAAGUCUGAGCAGUACAUAGGGGAGAACAUCCUGGUGCUGGACAUUUUCUUUGAAGUCCUCAACUAUGAGACCAUUGAACAGAAGAAGGCCUAUGAGAUUGCAGGGCUCCUGGGUGACAUUGGGGGCCAGAUGGGGCUGUUCAUUGGCGCCAGCAUCCUCACGGUGCUGGAGCUCUUUGACUACGCCUAUGAGGUCAUUAAGCACAAGUUGUGCAGACGAGGCAAGUGCCAGAAGGAGGCCAAAAGGAGCAGCGCAGACAAGGGCGUGGCCCUCAGCCUGGAUGACGUCAAAAGACACAACCCGUGUGAGAGCCUGCGGGGCCAUCCUGCUGGGAUGACGUAUGCUGCCAACAUCCUACCUCACCAUCCGGCCCGAGGCACGUUCGAGGACUUUACCUGCUGAGCCCUGCAGGCCACUGUACCAAAGGCCUAGAUGAGGAGGGCUAGAAGAGCAAGGGGGUCCCCAAGUGCCCCCCACAUCUGCCCUGGGGACACUCUCCCCCUCCCAAGGCAGCCCCCCACUCCUGGGCAGUCCUUUCUUCUUGUCUGUGGUGAGGAAGGAGUCCUGACCAUAGAGUACUCUCCCUGUCUCUAUCCUAUUCUUUUUAUUUUUAACAAAACUAAUCUAAAAAAGAAACUAAAAAGAGAGAACUGGGCAAGUGACCUCAGGCUGCCCCUCUCUGCUCCAUGCUGCCUCCCCCAGCUCCCAGCCUGAAUCUGUCUGUCUGGCUAUCUGUCAUCCGAGUGCCCACCUACAUUCUGCUGCCACCAGUCACCAAAGCCCCCUCCUAGUAGAGGGGGGGGCGGGGUGGAGGGGAUCAUUCAGAUCUGGAAUUUGGCCCUAAACCAGAGAAUGUACCUGGAAGGGGAGGGACAGUGGUGGUGGGGGGGCUUCCCCAGCCUUAAGAGACCCUCUCAGCCCAUGACCACCUCCCAAUCGCAAGUCUCCAGGCAGGAACUAAGCCCCGCCCCCCACCCCACACAUACACCAUGUGACGUCACUAGGGAGGUAGGGGUAGGGAUCCCCUGAAGAAGUGGAGAUGGGGACAAGAUGUGGCCCUGGUGCUGUAGGCCACAUCCUGGUACCUACAAGUUCACCCCACCCCAGAGCUGCUGGAGAGAAAUCCCAAGAGGCAGCCUCCUCUACCGUCCCAUAGAAGAUACAGCUGGUUGGCUUCCAGCUCAGGGAGGGGGCACUGGUCCCGCUCCCAGGGCCCCUGCGGAGGGCCACAUCCAUAAAUUUUCUUAUGGAAUUCUCCCACGUCCUCUUUCCCAACUUCAUUUGCUUCUCUCAACAACCUCAUCUGCAUUUUCUAUUUCUAUAUGAUACAGACUCUAUAUUGCUAUAUCUCUGUAUAUACUUUUCCCUAACUCUGUCUGUCUCUGCCCCCUCCCCUCUUGUCUCUAAGAACCAUCCUCCCACCCCAAGUACCCCUUCCCAUGUUUCUGCUCCCUCCCUGGUCUCUGAAUGCCUUCACCUGUAUAAAGAGUUGGACUCUCUCCCCUGGUGUCUGUACUGUGUACACACAUCCCUCUGAGAAGCACAAGGAGACGACACGCGCAUUGUAACCUUCGCACUGUCUCGGUGGCGACAUAAAGGAAGCUGUGAAUCACAAGCUCUGCCUCUUUCUGGCCUCACCCUCUCUCCCCCUAACCCGGGCAUUCUCUGUCCUCCCUGUAGCCUUAACGUCCCCUCCCCUGCUCCUCCCACCCCAGCGUCCUCUGUAAGGCUGCCUGUGGCCUCCCAGGGGAAGGAACGGAUAGAGAGACAGCCCCCACCCAAGGGAUGGAGAUCUGCUCUGCACACCAAGCCCAGGGCUUCAAAGACAGAGGGGGCUAUGGGUCAGUGACUCCUUUGAUGGAGCAGUGGGGUUGCUGACAGGCAGAGCUGAGGUCUUCCCUCAGAGGCCUUUCCUUCCUUCUAGGGCCCAGUCCCCUUUCCUCAUCUGAUACCCAAACCCAUCACUUAUAUUUUCUGGUGAGGUAUGGUUUGGUAGUGGGAGGAAAGAGGGGACGUUGAGCGCUAUUCCUACCUUAAAGAGAAACUGAGUGAGAGAGGGAGCCUGCUGUGCCCCUCCCACUAGGCGGUCCUCCCAGGCCAGAGCCCUGCCCCUUCCCAGGCCUCCUCUGCCCAGCUAUCUCUUGGUCUCCAACCCCAGAACAGGACCUGUGGCAGGUCACCUGUGCACUGACCUGGAGCUGGAGGGUGAGGCAAUAGGAUCUUUGGGAACUUUAGUUCCUAGUAAUUCCUUAGAGAGCAGACCUCUCCAGAGGGAAGCAGGAGCAAGGCCAGGGCGUGUGCACGGGAUGGAGAACAGCAGGCAGGGCUAAGGGUGACGCAUGCCUCUGGUCUAAUAAACUGGGUUUCAACCACU